AUGGAGUCGCCCUUCCUCGAGACGGAGCCGCAACAGAGCGGCAGUUUGCAGACGGCCAAGGACCUGUUCUCCGGGGCCAUGGGCGGUAUUGCACAAGUCCUGAUUGGUCAGCCCUUUGAUAUCGUCAAAGUCCGCCUCCAAACGACGACGCAAUACUCUGGCGCGCUCCACGCCGCCACCUCCAUCUACAAGAACGAAGGCGCUCUCGCCUUCUACAAGGGCACCCUCACACCUCUCAUAGGCAUCGGUGCCUGUGUCUCCGUUCAGUUCGGCGCCUUCCACUCUGCCCGCCGCUGGUUUGAGGCCCGCAACGCCGACGCCCCCGGCCGCAAGACCAGUGACCUCGGUUACGGCCAGUACUUUGCCGCCGGCGCCUUUGCCGGCAUAUCCAACGCCGGACUGUCCGGCCCCAUUGAGCACAUUCGCAUUCGCCUUCAGAGUCAGCCACACGGCGCCGCCCGGCUGUAUGACGGUCCCCUCGACUGCGUUCGCAAGAUUGGCGCGCACCAAGGCCUCCUCCGAGGUCUGUAUCGUGGCGAGGCCGUCACCAUCUAUCGCGAGGCCUUUGCGUAUGGCGCCUGGUUCACGGCGUUCGAAUACCUCAUGAAUUCCGACGCCGCUCGCAACGCCAUCGACCGCAAGGACAUUCCCGGCUGGAAGAUUGCCUUCUACGGCGGCCUCGCAGGCGAGGCCCUGUGGCUCUCCAGCUACCCGUUCGACGUCAUCAAGAGUAAAAUGCAGACGGACGGCUUCGGUGCGCAGCAAAAGUACCCGACCAUGCGGAGCUGCUUCGCGGCGACGUGGCGCGAAGGCGGCGUGCGAGGCUUCUGGAAAGGCAUCUUCCCGACGCUCGUUAGGGCCAUGCCUGUCAGCGCCGGCACGUUUGCCGUCGUUGAGAUGACCAUGAGGGCCAUAAAUUAA